AUGUUUGACUUUGAGAUGAGGAUCAACGAGAACGUGCUGCUGGCGGGAAACAGGGUCGUGCUCGUGCCCUACACCCGCGCGCACGUGCCCAGGUACCAUGUGUGUGUGUUCAGGUACCAUGUGUGGAUGCAGAGCCCUGAGCUACAGACUCUGACAGCGUCUGAGCCUCUCUCUCUGCAGCAGGAGUAUGACAUGCAGACGAGCUGGAGCCAGGACGAGGACAAGCUGACCUUCAUACUCCUGUCCUCUGAGCUCUGGUCUGACCCCUCCGUCCCUGAGGAGCAGUGCAUGAUGGGAGACGCCAACCUGUUUGUGACCGACCCCACUGACACCAGCAAGGCGGAACUAGAGGUUAUGAUCGCUGAGCCUCAGUUCAGGGGCCGUGGUAUCGGGACAGAAGUGGUCUUCAUCCUGAUGAGCUACGCCGUCUCUAAACUAGGCAUCAUGAGGUUCCAGGUGAAGAUCGGUUUGGGAAAUCUCAUCAGCAUCAACAUGUUCAAGAAACUGCGCUUCACGGAGGUUUCCACAUGUAGAGUUUUUAACGAGGUCACGAUGGAGCUGGAGGUGGAUCCCUCGGUCCGGACCUGGAUCCUGGACCAGACUUCAAAGGUCCAAGAGCGAGACUAUGGAUCCGAGAGGGCUGCAAGAACCAAGACUGAAGCAGGUUUAAAGCAGGACUAA